GCAGAAUCGAUUCUUGUCUCCUUGUUUUGAACUGGUUGUAUAAAAAUCAAAACUUGGCCGAGACCCAGAACGAAAAAGCCAUGCGCCGCUGCGUUUGCAGGUAAUCCUAUCUGCGCCCGCCAAUUCCGAUCCAUCCAUUUUCGACCCUUCCCUCGUCUUCCCUCUCCCUGAACUCGCACAUUCUCCGGUCAAGGAGCCACCAUUGCGAGUCUUUCCUCGGACCCAUCAAGAGAUUAGCGGAAAAGUCGAGGACUUUAUCAUCGGAUGGACCCGAACCAGCAACCCCAGCAGCCGCCGUACCUGCCCCAGCCGGGGCCGCCGCUCAACCACCUGAUGCAGCAGCAGCAGCAGCAGCUCCAGUUGUUCUGGUCGUACCAGCGUCAAGAGAUCGAGCAGGUGAACGACUUCAAGAACCACCUGCUCCCUCUGGCCCGCAUCAAGAAGAUCAUGAAGGCUGACGAGGACGUCCGCAUGAUCUCCGCCGAGGCCCCCAUCCUCUUCGCCAAGGCCUGCGAGCUCUUCAUCCUCGAGCUCACCAUCCGUUCCUGGCUCCACGCCGAGGAGAACAAGCGCCGGACCCUCCAGAAGAACGACAUUGCUGCCGCCAUCACCAGGACCGAUAUCUUCGAUUUCCUAGUCGAUAUCGUGCCUCGCGACGAGAUCAAGGAGGAAGCCAUGGGCGGUGCCCUCGGUGCCCCCUUGGUGGGCCCCCCUGCCAGUGGCGUGCCCUACUACUACCCCCCCAUGGGCCAGCCGACCGCGCCGGGAGCGGUUUAUAUGCAGCAGCCUCCACCUCCGCCUUCUCAGGCGUGGCAGAGCGUGUGGCAGAAUGCGGCCGCUGAUGAUGGCUCCUAUGGCCAGGGCAAUCCUGAUGGACAAGGUUGACAAAACCUACCGGAAGAUGUUAAUAUGCUCCGCAGCUCACUGUAAGAUGGACGAGCUUUGCUGAUAUCUCUUAGGAUUACUUAUUGAACUGUGUACUGAUGCUCAUGACUAGUGGACUUAAGCGUGUGACUCUGAUAACGAAAUAUGUGGAUGACUGACUCAGUGCAGUGACAAUAUUGAUGCUAUGACAUGCCUAAUUGUUCUGCA